UUGUGCCCCUGUUGAGUCGUUCUGGAAGCCCUGUACUUCCUUUUCUCGCUGUUACCCAUGACGGAAAGAACUAUGCCAGCCAAGGGACCUCUGCAGUCCGUGCAGGUUUUUGGACGUAAGAAAACGGCAACAGCUGUUGCACAUUGCAAGAGAGGCAAUGGUCUCAUUAAAGUUAAUGGAAGACCCCUGGAAAUGAUUGAGCCUGCAACUCUGCAGUACAAACUGCUAGAACCUGUUCUCCUUUUGGGUAAGGAGCGAUUUGCUGGUGUGGACAUCAGAGUGCGCGUGAAGGGAGGUGGACAUGUUGCACAAGUAUAUGCAAUCCGCCAGGCUAUUUCCAAGUCUCUAGUUGCGUACUACCAGAAAUAUGUUGAUGAAGCAUCCAAGAAAGAAAUAAAGGACAUCCUCAUCCAGUAUGACAGGACCCUCUUGGUUGCAGAUCCCCGUCGCUGUGAGGCCAAGAAGUUCGGUGGACCUGGAGCUCGUGCUCGCUACCAGAAGUCCUACCGUUAAACUUGUUCUGUAUAUUUUUCUGGAAAUAAACCUUUGAAAAAAUCUU